GAAUCUGGAAGAAUACUGGGGAGCCAUAGAUUGGGACAGACUGGAGCUUCUGGAAAAGGAACAUGGAGCCAUCAGAAAAAAUGCUAUUGGAGACAGGGGAUCUAGUUGGUUCCAAUUUUCACCACCGAGGCACUCUGCACAACAUAAGGAAGGCAGAGGAUGUAUCUUUUGACAAUCCUUUCCUGCCUGUCCCAAAAAGUAAAAUGUCCCUAAAAGGAAGUCCACGUUUUGGGAUGUUGAGUCGACACUCCUUCUUUUCCCGUCACAACCCUCAUCCCAACAGGGUGACUCACAUGAGAGGUUUAAAUGGGAAUCCAGUGUGUAUUGUGAAUGAUGACUGGCAUGUUUCCACACCACUAUCACCUCACCCUUUCAUUAAGAGCCAGAUCCCUUGGCCUACAUAUGGAUCACCUGCCAUUCAGAUACCAUUUCUGAAUUUCAGUGGAAGCAAUGCAGCACACCAUAACACAGAAACUUGGAGGGAAGAGCUUAAAGAUCUUGCAGCAAAAGUAAUCAUGUCAGCAUCAGCUAAUAAGGACGAAAAAACAGCAGCAGAUGAGCCCGGCUGCAGAAAGACCCAGUACUCAACUCAGACAGGGCGGAUAAUCCCCCCCUCCACCCAGGCAUCAGGAAGGCGGACCUCCCACCGACGGCCCAGACCCCGGGGUCCCGCUUGUCCACCUGCUCUCUACGACCAGGAGCUCAUGGUGCUGGAGCUCCUGUGUCAAAUCCUGCAGACAGAUUCUCUGUCUCAUGUGCAGCACUGGCUUCUGCAUGCAGGACAGAGAGAGAAAGACAUGGUGAUGUGUUUGCUCCAGAAAGCACUGGAUGGGAGUGCGUUGAAUUGCCAGGAGCAACCUCUUAAUCAAGCAGGGACACCUCACUCUCCACUGUCCCUGCCUUCAAGAGCAUCCUCCACCAGCCAGCACUGGAUAAAUCACAGGCUUUCCAGUGCUCACCCAGUGCUGGGUGAAAUCAGUGCUGAGGAAAAAGCAGAGCGUGUUGGAACAGCUGAGGUUCUUCGAGUUCAUUCAAGUGACCAUGGUGAAAAUAACAUUCCUGGUAGCACUAGUAGUGAAAGUCAACUAUAAUCUCAGAAUUGUUUCUUGUUUUAUCACUCUGAGUAAGGAACCUUCUAUCAUGAAAUUGGAAUUUCAGCCAAUUGAGACUUAUGUCAUGAGAUUAUUCAUGAAGUUUAUAUAAUAUUUGUUACUAAGCUAUUCGUCUUUCAAGCUACUCCUGAGUAUAAACUUUUAAACCACUGCACAGAUUAUGAGCUGAUGGAAAUACAGUACACAGGUAGAUGCUGAGAAAAUGCAUAAUACUUCUUUCCUUUAUUGUCCAAUUUCAGUAUUGGCUGACAAAGAGUCUGUCUUCUUUAGAGAAGCAUAAUUUUAAUAUAAUGGGAGUUCAUUUUACCACCAUCAAUCACACACAACUAUGAGUGCCAAGUGAGAUGGCAUUGCUUCAGCAAUACGGUAAUCCCGUAUCACUGAAGGGAAAAAUGUAGGCAAUGAAUAAUCAAGCAAUGAUGAAGUAAGAGACCAAGUAAGUUUUGAAACAUUAUCCAUUGCUUUUCAUUUUAACAGCUCUGGUGUGUAGACUUAGAGUUAGUGCAACUGAGGCAAACUAAUGUCCUCUAUUCGUCAUACAGCAUGGACUGAUCUAUUUGCUAUUAGUUAAAAGACAUACCUAAAACUAUUAAAACAAAUGUUACUUCAAACUUCAAAACUUCAAAAUACUUAAACGAAUUGUGUCCUGUUCCCUUCUGACAGAACAAAAAGACAAAGUAGCACAAACUAGGCAACUGGGUAAAAUAUGAAGCUGUCUAAAACUCCCAGAAUGCCAGAGAAGCUCUGACAGUACAGUAGCCUGCACAUACCCUCCAAUGUAAAGACAACUGAAGGAUUUAUGUUCAGCUGUCUGUUGACAUGAAUUUGAAUAUGUUGAGAGUUAUUAAAACUGUCAGCACUCUGUCUCCUGUACAAUUCCCUGUGUAAAUAAACUGUGAGAAGCAGAGUCUCCCUGCUACCUAGCGCUGUAUAUUCCCAUCUGGAAGGAGUAAAAAAUAAUAAUAAAAAACUGAACAGCAA